AUUUCUCCUUCUAAAAAGAUUAUUUUAUUUUUUUUCUGCUUAAAUUAUGAAGGAUAUUUGCAAACAACAGGAAUUAGUUAUUCCAGACAACGUCAAGGUUGAUAUUAAGGCGCGGGUUGUCAUAGUAACCGGUCCACGUGGAUUAUUGAAGCAAAAUUUUAGGCAUAUCAAUAUUGAUAUUAGGAAAACACAUAUAAACAGAAUAAAACUUACUGUAUGGCACGGAGGAAGAAAACAUGUUGCAUGUCUUCGUACAGUAAAAAGUCUUAUUAAUAAUAUGAUUACUGGGGUUACCCGAGGGUAUCGAUAUAAAAUGAGAUUUGUAUACGCACAUUUUCCAAUUAAUGUAAGUAUUGGAGAGGAAGGAAAAUUGGUAGAAAUUCGAAACUUUCUUGGUGAAAAAGUAGUACGCCGAGUAGCUAUGUUAGAAGGAGUUAAAGUAGAAUUAUCUAAGAGUCAAAAGGAUGAAAUUAUUCUUGAAGGUAUUUCUCUUGAAAAUGUUUCGCAAUCAGCAGCAUCGAUUCAACAAAUAUGUAAUGUUCGAAAUAAAGAUAUUCGAAAAUUUUUGGAUGGAAUUUAUGUUUCUGCCCGUGAAACCAUUGAAGAAGAUUAAAAAUCUGAAGUAAUUUUUUAUAAAAAAGUGUGUAUAAAUAUGUAAG